UUCCGUUCCCCGUGCAGCAGAGGGGGACUUCAGCAUCGCUCGAGCUCUUCAAGAAAAGAAAAGAAAAGAAAAGAGCCCGAGCAGGAGGAGGAGGAGGAGGAGAGGGACAACAGGGCGCUUUGAGGAGAACAACUUUUGUACUUUCAAGUUUCUCUUAUGAAAACCGGGCACUUUCCGUCUCGCGCGCGCCGAGGAGCCGUUGCGCGAUGUGACCGGAGCGAUGCGGUGUAGGAAUGGACCGACGCGCUCCAGGCCGAAGCAUCAUGGCGUCGUCUGUCUCUCCGCGCUCGCGCCGCCGCUGCUGCUGCUCUUCUCCGCGCUGCUGCUCGGGGCGGCGGGGGAAGGCCGCGCGUGCGCCCCGUGUCCCGGGAACUGCUCGUGCACGCCUGUGGGAGCGCAGUGCGCGGUGAACUGCUCGGGCCGCGGGCUGGAGUGGAGCCCCGCCGCCACCGAGCUGCCCACCGACACCAGCAUCCUAGAUCUGUCCAAAAACCACCUGUCCUCUGUGGACUCCAGUCUGUUUGAUCACCUAACUGGCAUCAAGGAGCUGUAUCUUCAGAAUAACCACAUUACAGAACUUCCUCCCAAAGUUUUUGGCUGUGGCUCAUUAGCUGUGCUAGAUUUGAGUAACAAUCAGCUCACCACCAUCGAGGGAAGAAUAUGUGAUAAUUUAUUUAAUUUAACUACAGUGGAUGUGAGCAGUAAUCCUUUUGUCUGCGCCUGUAAACUGGUCCACCUGGUCAGCAGGCUGCAGAUGAAGGGCGUCACCCUAAGGAGAGCCAAUCACAUGCUCUGUGACCGCCCACCCAAACUCAAAGACCAACCGCUGCUCAACGUCAGCUCGGACGACUGCGAGCUGUACUACGCAGGCUGCCUGCAGGACGACGCUCACCCUGGUGGCAGUGAGCUGGUCAUUUUCACGUCAUUGGUGAUGGGGAAUUUCUCGCGGGAGGAGUGUAACUCCAGAUGUUUCUUUGAUAAGCAGCUGUAUGGGGGGCUGGGCUCGCGCAGAGAGUGUUUGUGCAGCACCAACUCCGAGCCCAACUACAUCAGCGAGGCCCGGUGCUCUGCAGCGUGCUCCAACUCCACCGUCAUGAGGGACUGCGGCCUCACCGUCGCCCAGGACGUCUUCCAGGUGGAUUUCUCUGUGCACGUGACAGCCGGGCGCUCCAGCGUGCACUCCGAGGCCACGUUGUCCGUCUCGUCCUCCGUCCUCCGCGUGCCUCUGUGCUGGGACUUCGGGGAUGCGUCUCCGCUCCUGAACACCUCCGUUACCGCGGCGCGCCACAAAUACGGCCUGCCUGGUCGCUACAGGGUGAAGGUGGUUGCCACGGCGACACACAUAGAGAGGAGCGGCAUGGCGGAAGUGCGUGUGGAACUGCCCCCGAGGCUGGAGCUCCACUGCCCGUCACUAUUGCUGGCCAAUCAGAGUCUGGAGGACGCGGUGACUCUGGUGAACUGGGGCGGAGUGGGCGUAGCCGUGGACUGGCGAAUCAAGAAAGAGGGUGUGGAAGUGGCACAAGCGGAGCCGGUGUGUGUGUCGGACGGCGUGCACCAUGAGAACUCAUCGCGGUGUUUCGAGCUGGUUUCGGGCGAGUUCAGCUGGUCCGAGGCUCGGCGUCAGUGUGCAAGUCGGGGUGGAGAGCUGGCCAUCGCUCGGUGUGACGGUGUACGCAGCCUCAUCGCACAACGCAUCACACAGGAGCGUGGUGUGUGGUUGGGUCUCAGUGAUGUGGACUCUCCCGGUUCUCUGCACUGGGUGGACGGAUCCUCAGUGCUGCCAGGUGAGGAUGGCGUGAGAGAUCGGGCCACGCUGGUGGAUGGAAACGUCUGUGUGUCUCUGGGCAACAAUGGACAAACCAGCUCACACCCCUGCAGUGCCAAACGUGCCUACGUGUGCCAAUUCAAACGCCAAGUGCGAGUGUCUGAUGCGGGCGUGUACCGGGUGGGUAUGGCUGUCUUCAACACCCACAAAAACGUCAUCAGUCCAAAAGUCUCAUCACCUAGAACAGGAAUACCAGCCACUAACGUAGAGCUGCUCCUGUUCCCCUCGCUAAGCUUCACCCACAGUGGGCGUCUCUCAUCUCUGGAGCUGAUCACACACACUCUGAGCUCACACACACACGUACGCUUCCAGGUGUACCGACCGCACUGCCAGAGUGGAUUACACCUGCUGCUGCCAGGCUGCGGUGAUCUCUGCAGCCCCAUUGCUAUGUGCCGGUCUCUGGACACCUGGCCCAAUGACACCUCCUCCACUACGACUUCCUCAUCUCCAUCUCAAGUUUCACCAUGCCCCGUGUGGCAACAAUGGUGUCCGUAUACGGGUUCCUGCUUACCUCUGAGUCGUCCAUGCCAGCCAGGGUCAUGCCCAAAUUGCUCUGGGGUGGAGCCCCUGCCCCCUGGCACCCUACGUCCACACUACAGCCUUGUGGGAGAGGUCUUGUUCACCUUGUCACCUGGAGCCUCCACACAUGCAAUUAUCCAGGAGGAAAUUGAAGACAUCUUAGUUGUCCCAGGUGACUUCAUCGCCCUUCAGCAUGAUGCUGGACACUCUGGCCUACUCGAGUGCUCUCCUGAUCCCUCGUCACCAUGGAAACAAAGCAUUCUGGUCCAGAACCGGUCUGGUUGGCUAGACUCAAAUGAAACCCUGGAGUUGAUUGGAGAUGGAAAGUGGGUGGAUGAGUUUAUAUGCCCGAUUAGGGUGCUGUACGUUGGACAGAAUGAAACCAAACUGCGAGGUCCUUUUCUCAAAGCUGGCCUUCCCCAAAUGGGUGACUACAGCCUGGAGGUGAUGUUGGAUGAUCAUGACUUCCCUGUCGCCGCCUCCUGUUCAAUCCAAGUCAUCCCACCACUGAAUCUCACCCUGGUCUAUCCAAUCAGUCAUAACGGAACGGUCUACUUCCUUCCUAAUCAUACAUUGGUCCUGGUCCAGGUUCAUUCUGAGCACGGUGCUGUGAUUGGAUUGAAAGGAAGCAACAAAACCGUCCCUUUCCAAAGUUUUUGCCCACAGGAACUGCAGUCCACAGUGGACGAAUGCAAGACAAUCCAGGCAAACAACAAUACCCUGUUUGCCUGGCUGGACCUUGAACUGGGCUUCACACCAGGACACACCAAGGUGGUCCUACAUGCCCAAAGUGAGGUAACUGAGGUUGAUCUGGAGAUUCAGGCGAGGGUCGAGGAGCCAUUGCAAGGCCUACAGAUUCAACCCCAUCCUGCUCACAGGGUCCUGAUGGAAACUGUAGUGAGUUACACAGCAUCUGUUGAAGGAGGGACUGACCCUUCAUUCCGAUGGACAGUGGAUGAUAAACCAUACUUCACCUAUUACAACACCGUACUCAAUAUUAUCUACCAGAAUGCUGCUGUCUAUAAACUCACGGUAACGGCAACCAACCACGUGAGCAACCUGACAGAGGAUUUCAAUGUGACUGUAGACAUAAUGAACCCCAUGAGUGAGAUCACUGUCCGAGGCGUCCCCGAGAUCGUGACUCAGGGUGACCAGCUGACCCUGUCUGCCUCGGUAGCGGUGGACAUUUCGGUGGACGCCACCUUCCUGUGGUUAUUUGGAGACGGAGAUAAAAUGGAGAAUCACUUUAAACCACCUUAUGUUGCCCCACAUCAGAGCCCUGACCCUUCUGAAAAACGGAUUGUCCUGCAGCAUGAAGUCAAAUACACAUACAAACAACCAGGAGAGUAUAAUCUAAGGGUGUCUGUCUCCAACCGCUAUGAGAACAAAACCCACAAAAUUGAUGUGUAUGUCUUCAGCAUUUUAACAUCGGUAGAGAUCGACACCGAGCCAGAGCUUCUACAAGCUGAAAAGCCUGCUGUAUUUGAGGCUCAUCCUUUACCAUCCCCCUAUGGGAUCAUCUACACUUGGGAUUUUGGUGACAACUCCAGCCUUCAGCAAGGACGUGAACGCAGGGUCCAUCAUGCCUAUACACAAAGUGGCACCUUCAGAGUCUGUGUGAAUGUUAACAACACCGUUAGUAAGAAAGACAGCUGUAAAGUAAUAAUGGUGUAUGAAGACAUUGACGGUUUAGAGGUUAGGACAUCUGCUCCUACAGAGUUCAACACUCCUACAUUCGUUGAGGCUACUCUGGAAGCAGGCAACAAUGUCAGCUGGAGUUUUUCCAUGGGCGACGGGAAUGUGCUCAUGCGUGCAGAAUCAUGGGUGGAGUACACUUACGUAAAAGAUGGGAACUACACGGUCAAUGUAACUGCAACUAAUGCGGUCAGCUCAAAAUGGAAAUCCAUACACGUUCAGGUGUUUGUUUUGCAGGUGUUGUGGUUGGACCCUGUGGAGUGCGUUCAGGAAAAAACCGAGAUCAACUUCCAUGCUUUUGUCUCAGGAAAUGCCUCUUCUCAUCAGUAUAUGUGGAGUUUCGGGGAUGGGACUGCCAAUGAAACUCGAUAUGGAACCCCUACUAUAACACACUCUUACCAAAGUAGUGGGAAUUACCAUCUUUCUCUCCUCAUGUCGAGUAGCGUCAACAAAGCGAAUUUUUUCAGUUGGAUCUGUGUCCAACCUGAAGUCUCCAAUGUGACUCUCAAACCGUCCAGCAGGUUUAUCAGACUUGGAGAGGAAAGCUUGUUUACUGUAACUGCCCUUCCGGAGUUUGACUACACCUACUUGUGGGAUUUUGGGGUCAGUGACUCAAAAAGUCCUAUUCCAGGUGGUGACACGAUGAUUUUUACCUACAGAAGCCCAGGCCUGUAUUUAAUAACUGUAACGGUCCUUAACAACAUUUCAUAUAGCAUAAGCACAGUGCCAGUUGAAGUGCAGCAACCUGUGGGCUAUCUGUUGAUACAGCAUAAUGGUACAAAGGGUAACAACCUGGCCUUGAGGCAGGACUACACAUUCAUAUCAUAUGCCGAGGCAGAUAAUGUUGCCUACAGUUGGGACUUUGGAGAUGGGACAGUCGUUACAGGGCACAAUGUGACUCAUGCCUACAAUUCCUCAGGGACCUUUGACAUCUAUGUUACGGGUAAGAACGAUGUGAGCGAAAAUAAAAGCCAAAUUCUCGUUACGGUUUUAGCCCCCAUUCGAGGACUUUCAGUCAAUGCCAGCCUUGUCAAUGUUCCUUUGAAUGCAACGGUCCAUUUUGAAACCUAUCUUGACCAAGGAGAUGAUGUGCGUUACUCGUGGAUCCUUUGUGACCACUGUACCUCCAUCCCAGGCACACAGCCUAUGUUCUACACCUUUCGCUCAGUUGGGAUGUUCAAUGUAAUCGUAACAGCUAAAAAUGACAUCAGCACUGCUCAGGCUAGCAUUUACAUAUUUGUGCAACGGGAGCUGGAAGGCUUACAAAUAGUGUCUGAUGAGCUUGGAGAAAGUUGCUGUUUUGCCACCAACCGCAUCCUGCACUUGCAGGCUGUGCUAAAAGAUGGCACUAACAUGUCUUUCAGCUGGAAUGUUCUGAGGGAAUCCGAAAAUACCAUUGUCCUCAAUCUCACAGGCAAGAACAUAGACCUCAAUUAUUCUACCCCUGGACCCUGCGAAGUCCUCCUGAAAGCCACCAAUUUGCUUGGACAACUAGCUGUUAACCGCACUAUUGAGUUUCUUGAUUCUGUUGGAAAACUGGUUUUGGAGGUGGCCCCAAACCCUACAGCCAUCAAUAUCAUCACCAACAUGACAGUAUCUGCAAAUACAGGUAGUGAUCUGCAGUAUAAAUGGUGGAUAGAUGGUGAGCCAUUGCAAUUUAAUGUCCCUUCCAUCUCGCAUGCAUUUGACAGCCCAGGACUGAAGUUAGUAAAUGUAGAGGUUUCGAAUCAGGUCAGCAAAGAGAUGGCUUCAGUACAGAUCAGCGUCCAAGAACCAAUUUCUGGGGUUAGCUUCACCACAACCAAUGUCACAGAGCAGAACUUUAUAGCCUCUGGAGUCAAUGUAUCUCUCUCUGGUCAUAUCCAAACUGGAUCUAAUGUCUCAUGGUUGUGGCUCUUGCCAAAUCAUGAAAAAUCAAAUCAGCAGGCCACGUACUACAUAUUUUCAUCCCCUGGAACCUACACUGUCACUUUGAAUGUCUCAAAUGACAUCAGUAAUGAGGUGCUAGCUCGUGACUUCACUGUGCAAGACAAAAUUCAGGGGCUUGAGUUCAAGGCCAGCAAGCAGAAUGUUGCAGUUGGUGAGAAUGUGGAGUUCACCAUCUCGGUCGCAUCUGGUACCUCAGUUAGCUACACCUUGAGCAUCAGUGGUGAUGCAACUGUCUACCCCAACCUUACCUACGUACACCAGUUCAGCAGAGUAGACAACUACUACGUUAAUCUAACCGCCUGGAAUCAAAUAAGCUCGGAACGGAGGAGCCUGCAUAUCUUUGUCUUGGAACCCAUCACCAAACUUACUAUUCUGGACUGCUGUGAAGAAGCUAUACCUGUGGGUGUGCCCAAGACCUUUGAGGCUCACAUACAGACUGGCAAUCCUGUCACAUACCUGUGGACCUUUGAUCUUCAUCAUGGAGCCAAAACAACUAGAAUCAAUUCAAAAGCCACAUAUGUUCCUGAGGAGCCAGGCUUUUUGACCAUCAGUGUGAGUGCCUUUAAUGCACUUAGCAUUCAAAAUGAGACCAAGAAUGUGCUCGUCCAGAAUAUCCUUAAAUCGGCCAUCUUAGAGGCUCAACCUCAGGACACAUUUAUUAACAAGACCAUAAUAUUUCAAGCACGAGUUUCCCCACAGUCCAGCUCACUCAGAUACCAGUGGGACUUUGGGGAUGGAAGUCCUGACUUGCUUUCUGAUACUUCUGUUGUCAGUCAUGUGUAUUCUUUACCUGGCCACUACAUUGCUAAAGUCAACAUCAGCAACCUGGUUAGCUGGGUCACUGCUUUGUUUGAGGUAAACAUACGUGUACUAGAGUGCAGCGAACCAGAAGUGCAGGUGGUUCAAGCUCCAAAAUUAUCCAUCUGGCGUUCCAAGCCAGCGUCAGUUGAAGCAAAGGUGGAUCUCAAAGGCUGUGUUCGCUAUGGUACUGAAUAUCUCUGGGAGAUCUUCUCGGCUUCUCACUGCCAGGAAUUUGAAAACCACUUGAUGCCACCCUUUAAAGUCCAUCUUCCUGCAGAAGUCGACGUCCGAAGGCUGCAACUGUCUAUACCCAAGAUGACCCUUCCUGCCAAAAACUACACCCUGAUCUUUUCCCUGUCUUACAAAGGAAUUCCCUUGAAAAAGACUGCCUGUCUUCAGCUUUCUGUGAUGUCCGCCAAAUUGGUACCAAUCAUUGAGGGCGGAACAUAUCGUGUGUGGUCCAAAACCCAGGACCUACAACUGAGUGCAAAUCAGUCCUAUGAUCCCAACCUGGACUUGGAAAGUCAGACCCUACUCAAUUACCACUGGGAAUGUGUCAACACUUCGAAGGGAGCCUCUCACUGCUCUACUCUGAACUUCAGACUGGGUCCAAAAGAUCUGGUCAUCUCCGGAUCAGAGCUGGAGGUGGACGUCGAGUACACCUUCCGCUUGACCGUCAGCAAAGAUGGCAUGUCUCCAGAAUCCACCACGCAGAAGGUGUUAGUGAAGAGCGGUCGCAUCCCCAUCGUCUCUCUGGAGUGUGUGUCGUGUAAAGCUCAGUCUCGCUAUGAGAUCAGCCAGACCUCCUACGUCUACCUGGCGGGGACCUGCAGCAACUGUCAGGGUUCUUACCGAGGGUGCUGGACGGCAGUAAACCAUCACAAUGAGCCGCUGGUUCUGGACCUGAACACCACCACAACUGGCCAGGACAGCAUGAACCUGGUGCUGAGGAAGGGGAUACUGCGGGACAACGAAACCUACGUCUUCAGUUUGCACGUCACCGAUGACAGCAUGGAGCAGGAGGGUGUGGCCAACAUCGAGCUCCACCCGAACAUGCCACCAGCUGGGGGGUCAUGUUCACUGUGGGCUGACGGCGAGGGGCCAGAGGUGCACACGCUGCUGGACAGAGUACACUUCAAAUGCACAGGCUACACUGAUUUGGACGAGACGGAGUCUCCGCUGGUCUACAGUCUGCUGGUGAUGCGUUGCUCUAAAUCCUACUGUGAUGAAUUUUGCGUGUAUAAAGGUACCAGUCCAGAACAUUCCACCUUCCUUCCACCUGGACUACACUCCACCCAGUACAGGGUCUCAGUCUCCAUUACGGUGGAGGACCACCAGGGGGCGUCCAUCACCGCCCUCAAUGAGCCCAUGACGGUGAUGUUGCCGCAGGUUCCUGGCGGAUUCAGCAGUCUGGCUCACUGGUUGAGUGUGAUGACGGACACCACUCUGAAUGAGCUGCUGAAACAGGGCGACUCUCAGCGCGUCCGCGAGCUCUCCCUCGCCCUCAUCACUGUGCUCAAUGGGUAUGACGAGGGCGUGCGGUACGGGAGCAGUGGGUUGGAGCAGGAGAGGCAGUACAGAGUGAAUGUGCGAGGAAACAUCACCCGAGCUCUGACAUCACUGGACCUCAACACCGUCAGUGACAUCCAGCAGACCUCAGCUGCUCUCGCCCAGUGCACAGCUGUGGGCCGGGAAUUUGUGUGUGAGGAGUGUCAGAACAGCACACUGAAUAAACUGGAGUCGAUGCUGGAGAUCCUACAGACGGACACCAAGCAGGGCACCGUGACUCCCACAGAGAUCGCAGACAACAUCCUCAACAUCAUGGGGUAUCUGAUCCAUCAGGUGAGUGAGACAUCGUCGUCCGCACUGGAGGAGUCCAAGGAUCGCGACCCUCUACGCGUGGCUGCUAAAGCCUACACCCUGUCCUCGGAGCUUAUGCGCAUCCUGAUGCUGUCUCGUGUGCUGAACGAGGAGCCGCUGAUCUUGCGUGGAGCCGAGAUCGUGGCCGCCGGGAAACGCGCCGACCCGCUCAGCUUGCUGUGCUACGGGUUGAGUGACACCCCCGAGUGCCGCCGCUUCUCUAUCCCAAGAGCAUUCAACUCCAGCCUGGGUACCAGCCUGAGCACCAGCGGGGGUGCCAACGAGGGCAUCGUGCAACUGCUCUUCCAGGUGGAGCCCAACCCGUUCCCUUUUAACUACGUCCCCAACUACACCGUGUCCACUGAGGUGGCAUCCAUGGAGUUCCGCACCAUCAACGGCUCCCAGAUCCCCAUUGCUGACUUAGACGAGAGUCAGGCCAUCAGAGUCGCGCUGAACAACGGUACCACGGCGGGAGUGGAUGGAAACAGCACCGGGGUGAGGCUGGAUCCGGCGGGGGUGGUGAAUGUGAGCAGGUGUGGUUCGGUGAUCAUCAAAGUGAGCACAGGGAACAACAAUCGACGAGCUGGAGUCUACAUCCAAGUCAACUUUACCGUCGUAGAAGAUUCUCCAGAUGCACAAACGUCAGACCCGUCAAUCAUGGCGUAUCUGCACACGUCUAAUAAGCCUAACGAGGACACAAGCACAGACAGGAAACGCAUCACCCUCAGCAUGGUGCAGGCGGAGGGCCUCGACCACCAGCUCUACACCUUCUUCCUGUCUCCACUUUUAUACGACACGACACAGGAUCACUUCAUCAACGUCUCGGCAGGCUGCGCUCCUGAUUGGCCGAUCCGGAUCCGUGUGGAGGUGGGCGUGUUCAUGGUGCUCUGUCAGUACUUCAGUGAACUGGGGCACAUGUGGCAAACGGACGGGAUGGUGCCCCUGCCGGAGACCAGUGUGGGGCAAGCCGUGUGCAGCACACGCCACCUCACGGCCUUCGGCGCCAGUCUGCUCGUCCCGCAGGAUGCCGUGAGCUUCACCGUGCACGACCCGCUGAUCAGCCGCAGUCUGGUGGUGCUGCUGGUGUGUGUGGUGUGUUUGUUGUGCUACGCUGUAGCCGCUGCUGUGCUCAGGAAGCUGGACCAGUUGGAUCUGAGACGAGCCUCCGUGGUGCCGCUGUGUGGGAAAGAUGGACUCUACAAAUACGAGAUCCAGGUCAAGACCGGUUGGACGCGAGGGGCAGGCACCACGGCCCACGUUGGCAUCAGUCUCCACGGCAGCGAGAGCCGCAGCGGACACCGUCACUUGGACCGAGUCGGAGCGUUUACACGCAACAAUCUGGACAUUUUCCACAUCGCCACUGACUCCAGCCUCGGAAACCUGCUCAAAAUCCGAGUGUGGCAUGACAACAAAGGUCUCUCUCCAGCCUGGUUGCUGCAGUAUGUCCUGGUGAAGGACUUGCAGACAGGAAGCUCGUACUUCUUCCUGGUGGAGGAGUGGCUCUCUGUGGACAAUGAGAAGACAGACGGCAGGGUGGAGAUAGAGGCAGAGCCUUCAGAGGAGGUGGAGCUUCAUCGUUGGCCCCGCCUCCUCACCUGGGAGCUCCAGAGGGCGGUGUGUGAUAGUCACAUGUGGCUGUCACUAUGGGAACGACCCCCACGCAGUCCCUUCACCCGCCUGCAGAGGGCGACAUGCUGCUCCGUGCUGCUCCACCUCAUCAUGCUCACCAACACCGUCUGGUACGCCACAGUCACCUUCAGCAAGAGCUUUGUUCCUGUAUCAGAGCAGGUGUCUCUGAAUGCAGAGGUUGUGGGAGUGGGCGUGGUCAGCUGUCUGGUGGUGUAUCCUAUUUACCUGCUCAUCUUCUGUCUUUUCAGACUCAGUCGCAGUAAAGUCUUAGUGGAGCAGCUGCCUCCUCAGGUGGACCAGGAAUCUCUAGAAAUUGAUGACUUCCUCGAUAACUCUCUCACCGGAAGCUCCUUCCUCAUUUUCAAUGGAAUCACAGAGACGUACUCCGAGGAGACCAACAUCGACCUCCCUACUCCUUCCUCGAAAAGAUGGAGUGUUCCAGAUGCUGAUUGGCCGGAUGUGACAACCGAGCCGUCAAUCGAGAUGGGGGCGGGACUUCCUCCUCGUCUGAAGCGAGGUCAAGGCAGCAGGCACCUUGGGGUGGACAUGACCUUUAACCCAGAGGAGGACGAGACGGUGGUGGGACACGACUACAGGAACAAAUACUUCACAUCUUCAGAUGAGGAUCUCCUGAAGCGGAUCCUGGCUGAUGGACAGCUGCUCUCUCAGACUGACAGCGACAUGGGAGACCUCUCCAGUAUAUUUGGAGAUAAGACCGAGGUGAUUCUGCUACAGAAGAUGAGUGAACCUGUUCCUGCAGCCAUGCGCCGAGAGCCACCUAAAACUGCAUUCACCUCACGUACAGUGACAGAUGUGUGUAAGCCGAGGCCGUUUCCUCCACUCUGUGGAUUGAUUGCUCUCUGGGGGAGUUGGGCGGGGCUAAUCCUCUCCAGUAGCUUGUCAAUAUGGCUGGGGCGGAGCUUCAGCGAAGGCGUGGCUCUGAUGUGGCUCAUUUCCUGUAUCAUCAGCUUUCUGACGUCAUUCUGCAUCCUGGAGCCUCUAAAGGUGUUGGUAGAGGGUGUGUAUUUCGGGCUGCUGGUGGCCCGUCUGAGGCCGGAGGAGGGUGAUGUGUUGGUGGAUUGUCCCCGGGUGGAGCGAGUGAUCCAGCGUGUGCCCAGAGUCCGACCUCCUCAAGGCUUUGCCCUGUCACAGGCCCGAGAGGAGGCACGCAAAGUCCGCCUGCUGCACCGCAUGCUCAAGGGUUUCCUCCUCUACAUGCUCUUCCUGCUUGUUGUCCUACUGCUGAACUACGCCGACUCAACCAAAGAUACUCACCAACUGCGACUGCACACUCGGCUAGAAAACCACCUACGCACACAGCAUUUCAACAUCAGCAGACGAGAGGACGUUUGGGUGUGGCUGUCCGAUUUCCUGUUGCCACGGUUGCUAGACGGCUCCACCCUUAUGGAAGGGACGGGUAGCCUGCUGCUGGGGAAGCCCCGCCUCCGACAGCACAGAUCCCAACCAGCCUGCCCUACAAGUGGCUAUUUUCCAGCAGCUUCCUGGUUUGGGUGUGGCCCAGCCGGAUGGGCGGAAUCAGGGUCCGGAUUAGCAAUGAACUGGAGCCACAGUGUGUCUCAAAGCAACGGGGCGUGGCACUGGGGUCAGGUGUCCAUAUACAACAGUGGUGGGUUUGUACAAGAGCUCAGCAGGAAGAUGGAAGAAUCUCGAGCCCUCGUAGAACAACUUGAUAAACACCAGUGGCUGGAUCCACUGACGAGGGCUCUGUUCGUGGAGUUCUCCCUCUAUAAUACAAACACAGACCUGCUGGCCGUCUUCUCCUUCCUGUUGGAGUUCCCCGUCUCCGAGCGCACGCAGGCCAGCGUUAACCUGAAGACCUGCAGCCUGCAGACCCUCCAGCGUGGCAUGGACCUCCCGCUGUUCCUCACGCUCGUCCUGAUGAUCUUGAUUAUUUACUUCUCCGUGCGAGAGGGUGUGUCCAUCCUGAGGCAGAGGUGGGGCUACUUCCUGCGAGUGUGGAAUCUGGUGGGCGUAGUCACUCUUCUGCUGGCGGCCUGUGUCUCCGUCCUCCACCUCAGUCGCUCUGCUCUUGCCUCUCACCUCUGGGCCUCGCUACUUCAUCAGCGGGAAUCGUUUAUUAACUUUUUCCCCCUGGGACAGCAAAGCCAGGUUCUGAUUCAGCUCAGUGCCAUGCUGCUCUUCCUGCUGGUGCUGAAGGCGGCUCAUCAGCUCCGGUUUCUGAGGGAGUGGGCCGUGUUUGGCAGGACUCUGAGGAGAUCCGUGCGGGAGAUUGUUAGCAUUGCACUGGCUUUGCUCUUGCUGCUGCUGGCUUACUCGUACACAGGAUACCUUCUUUUUCACUCCAUUAUACAGGGAUAUGGGACAGUCGGGUCUGCUUGCUUGUCCUUGCUAGGCUCGGUAGGGCGUGGUCUGUGGUCAUGGCGAGCAGACCAGGGUUCCUAUUCCUGCUCCACUUCCUGCUACGUGUUUCAUGUCAGCUUUGCGGCACUGCGUCUUGUCCUGCUGUGGCUGGUGACCUCGGUGUUACUAAGGAACUAUCGCAGGGUCCGGGCGGAGCUCUAUCGGCCGGCAGUAGACCUCCAGGACUAUGAGAUGGUGGAACUCUUCCUACGACGCCUCAAGAUGUGGAUGGGCCUGAGCCGUACGAAGGAGUUCCGUCACAAGGUGCGUUUUGAAGGUAUGGAACUCCCACCAUCCCGAUCUUCAUCUACCAGCGACUGCAAAUCCCUUUGUCUCCCUCCUCUGGAUGCCCCUGAAGCACCCCCGACUCCUGACAGUGUCGAUUGUGGUUCCGAGGCUUCUUGGCAUCCUAUGUCCAGCAGCCCAUGCAGUCUAGCUGAGACUCCAGGUCUUGGUCUAGGCCUGACCUUGAGCUUGGGGGUGGUAGCAGGAGGUCAAGCCUGGAGAGAACGAGCAGAAACCGAGGCCACACUUCGAAGGGUCUUGCCGGCCUUCGACGCAUUGCUUCUGCAGCUGGACAGGGUCAACCAGGCCACAGAGGAACUGUACCGCACAGAGUGCCGGCUGGAGAAAGUACAGAGGAAGAGUCGGAAAAGGAGCCGUGGAGUAUGCCGCAGUAGUGUUCAGGACUCUGCAGGACGGAGACAUAAUGGGUCACAGAGACGCUCCCACUCGGUAGAGAAGUGUCCCCGCAAGGUUGAGAAAGAUGGAAACUUGGACAAGCCUCGCCUGAAGAGUGAGAAAAGUUCUCACAAAACUGACAGAGGAUCUCGCAAGAAAGAUUCCAGUGCACGCGAAACAAGUCCUCAAGCAGAGCUGUUAGCAAAGGAAACAAGUCUUCAAAGUACGGAUAUGAGUUCACUAGUAACUUCUGAUAAGGUGGAAACACGCAUCAGUAAGACUGAAACAAAUCCUCCCAAGGUGGAUUCAAGUCCCAUCAAGGUAGAGGAAAGUGCAGUUAAAAUCGAAGCAAGUGCCGGUGUGGUGGGUGCAAGUUCAGGUUUGGUGGAAGCAAGGUCCCACAAGACUGUCAGAAGUCCUCAUAAGGUUGCCUCAAGCCGGAAGAAGGUCAAUCCAAGCAUUCCAAGAGAUAUUGAGACUGUUGGCUGUGCCAGCAAACCAGUUCUUUCUCAAACACAGACCCCAGCUCCAAUCACUGCCCCAUCCACUGCCCCAAGUUCCGCCAUCACAACUCCAAUCCCGAUCCCUCGAGCCCUUGAAUGGAACCCACCUAGUUAUACUGAGGACCUCCCGUCCAGCCUUUUCCAACAUCCAGCGCACACCACAACCAUGCCCACACGCAAACGUAAGCACAAACCCCCACCUCUGAAAAACAAAAUCCAUCCCAACACAGACAGGCCUAUCUCAGGACAUGCUAAACCUUAAGGACCAGAGGGUUCCAUUUGCUUGUCUUUUUCAAGGACUGAAGUCAGGUAAAGAGAGACAUUAAAUGGUGACCAGGUUGGAGGGUUCAUGGCUAUCUGUUAUGCUAAGAAAGGACCUCGGUGACAGCAGGUUUUGUUGCCAGUCCGUAAAGAAAACGAGAACAAAGAGCAGCUUAAAUGUGGAAAGAAGAGAAUCAGAAAUGUAUCGCAACUUCGCUAUCAGUUUUUCCCCGGAGCAGUGCAGUUUGGCCAAGUCAAAACGGUACACGUUUAGCAUGCGUUCGCAUGAGCAAUAAGGCGCUGGUCGCCCUUUAGAUUUUGCCUCACAAAAGUCCCCACCCUUCCUUCACCUUGAAUGACCUCAACAAGCCCAUGGCCCCGGUGGUCACAAAGGGUUGACUUGACAAGGGCACACCUUGUGCUGUCUUAGCAACAAACUUGCAGGAAAGUGACGUAGUGUAAUUCUGUCGCAAAAUGGCGGAUAUGUAGUGAGUUUCUGGGUUACAUUUGGUGCCGUGUAUUGUAUAAAGUAAUGUUUUGUAUAAGUAAUGUUUGGGUAAUUUUUUUGAUGUAUCAAAGAAGGAAGCUACACACACACACACACACACACUAACAUAUCAGCAUUAAGCACAUAGAGCUAUGCUUGCAGGUACUUACGCAUAAUGCACAUUUUAUUCUACACAUGUUAAAAAUCACGUACAGGCAAACGGCAUUAAAUCAAAAUUCUUGAACUCGCAAGCACACUUCCGUACAGGUUGUGAGGGGAGGAUGCUAGCAUGCUAAUAUGCUAGCAAGCCUUAUUCUUUAAAGAAAAGCUCUUAUGAGUUUAAAUGGAACAAGCACGAACUGAAGGAAGGAAAAAGUACGAGUUGAGAGUAAGGAAGAAUAUGAACGAACGUUAAAUGAAAAGCAGGGAACGAAAAGAUAGAAGAUCGAUCGUUUUUGGGUUUUAGAAAUGGAAAAACAAGAAAAAUCGAAAGAAACUGACACGACGGUGAAGUGAUAGAAGACUGGUCCAAAACAUCUUUCACGUUGUAAAUAGCGAGAACAAGAAGAACAAAACGAGAGAUACGCUAACGUGUGAUUUAAUUGUAAUGUUUCUUACUGGUUUGUUUUUUGCUGUUUUAUUGUUGCUUUUGAACAAUGUUUUUAAUUUUAUUUAAAAAGCACUUUGUACUGAUGUAUGUAAAUGAUUGCUUCGGAAAGUGAAUGAAUGUGAGGCUUUUUUUCUCCUGUCUUUUGAAGUCAAUAAGCUUGGUACGAAAUCGAGUACGAGAUCGCUUCCAGAACAUUACUCUGCAUACGGAUGCGCCUGCUAGUCAUUUAAGCAUCGAGAGAUUUAUUUUGAUUUAAAAAAAGUACUUUUAUACCUAGCACUUUAUUUUAAACGUAAGGUCUUUCAUGCUACAGCGUAUCGUAAUGUUGUUUCCACCCGUCUUUUUCCAGAACCAUCCUCAAGUUAUUUUUUUACGUCAGGAAAACGGAUCCGCUUGGUGUUCUUGCUAUGUUUUCUAGAACGUUUGUAUAUUUUUUUUUUUCCCAUAAACGUGUUGUUUACCAUGGUGAUGCUCAGGGACCCUUUAAACCACCCAAACCAGUAUAAUGCUCAGUUGUUGUUUUUUUUGUAUGUCAUGUUCUUGUUUGUCUCCUGUUGGACAUGUGAAGGUUUAAAAGUAAAGAAUUUCGACUGAAAGCCUAAAGCCAUAACCAUUUUUUUUUAAGCAGCAGAGUUUAGACUUGCACGCUGCUGAUUUCAUGCUUUCUCACUUCCUUCCACUCUUCAGAUCGUGUGUUUUGUACAUAUUAACGUGCCCUGAUGUAUAUACUGAGUAAGGUACCUCCAUUCCCAACAUUAUUAUUAUUUUGUUUGGUUUUGCUUCAAGAUAACCUGCACUGAUGUUUUAUCCCACUUUGGUUUCAUGGUCCGAGUCACGCUGAUGAAAUAUACUGUAUAUAUCUUUAUUAUAAACAGUUGGACACUAAUGAAGUUUAACAGCUUCACCUUCUUUCUGAAAUCAUCCGGUGCUUUAUAGUUUGGAGCAGUAAAUAUUUAAGAUUAAAAUGAUUUCCUUUCAAACGUUUGAAGUGCCCAAGUCAGUUUGCGUGUUGAAACGUUUUUUGUUUUUUGUUUUUUUCCCCACGCACGUGUGGGUGUGUGUUACAUGGUAAAUGAAUUUUGCUCAUUGCAACACUUGUGGCUGAUUUUUUAAUUUUUUAAAAAAAUAUAUUUUAUCAUGCGGUUGUAUUCUGUCUGUAGCACUUCGCAUCAAAUGCUUUUGCACUUGACAAAGUCAAAUAAAGAGUUUGACAGCUCAA